CUCCAUUGUGCAUAAUUCAGGCGACUUGUUGAGCAUUGCUGCGCCUGCUAGUGUCCGUGUGCAACAGAACGUCAUAUUGCUCAUCUGCUAGGAUGCAAUCUUCCUCUAGUCAGAAGCACGUUAAAUAAAGGCAAAAAUAGAUAGUAUAUGACAUCCUGGAUAUACGUUAAAGCUCUUAAGAGAUAGUGUAUUUGAAGUGCAGUAAGACUCGUGCACUGUACCUAAAGUCCAGGCACCUUUUAGCUCCAAUAGCAGCAAAUUUUCUGCUGCGGCAGGUCUGAGGAUCGUACAUUACGUCAUGUUCACUUAGGUGGUAGCUAUAUCUGUGGCUUACUUCGUCACUUCUUAACGGCCCGAAAAAAGAGAGCACUCAGCUAGCGGAUUGAAGUCUGAGGACAAGGCCAGUUAGAAGAUCUGUACCUUGAUUCCAACUUAGCGCAGGCUUUGACAAAUCCUAUCCGAGCAACUCAUGAGCCUGGUUGGAGAAGCAGCAGUAGAGAACAGGGCCGCGGAGUUGCCAUCCAGGGCUGCAAGUCCUGCAAGAUGGGCUGGGCGUCCAGCCACUGAAAGCCUUCGGAAAUCAGACAGCAUGCGAUCCGCCGGCAAUGCUGGACAGCCUGUGUCUUCUGGGGACGGCCCACCGCGGGCCAAGAGGGCCAGGAGGGAGGCAGUGACGCGCGUGUGGGAGUGGCUGGAUGUCUCAGCGUUGGGGGAGGCCUCGGAUGGGAUCCUGCUGCAGCCUGGCAGCCUGAACACCACCGCCCACAUCGACAGGGCUCUGUUUUGCAGCGCCUCCGCUGCACAGGGUCCGGAUGAGGCCAGCAGCAAGCGGCAUGAGGCAGCGGGCAGCCCAGCCAACUUCAGCCUGGAGGCGCGAGGCUCCUCCACUCAAGUGACACCCGACGCGGGCCAGCCGACCACAGAGGACGCCCCGCCGAGCGGUCCAGAGGCGACAGGGCCCGGCCCCAUGGAGGAGAGAACGGGAGCAGAUGCGCGCCCGGUGACGCGGCAGGUCUCGCGCAAGCGCAAGCACGAUGAGGAUUUGUGCGGCGAGGGCGGCUCGUUGGAGGCGUUGCCUCCCGCACGGCCAGAUCAGGCGGCGGAGGGUGAGGAGAGCGCUGCUGUGACGGACCACGGUGACCGCUGACAAAGCGGUGCUUAGUCGUACGAGCCCGGUCAGCACGCGUACUGACCGGGCCAGCGGUGAAACACACGCUGUGUUCUGUUUUUCCAAAUGAACAAGCGGGACAUCCCUCAAUCUCUCAGACGUACCUUGUGCAAUUGGCUCUCCAAUGCUUCGAACAGAUGUCUGUCAUCUGUCACCUUGUUGAAUGCAGCUGCGAACAAACGCCAUGACCAGUUGUUGUAUUUCUCUGCUGACUUGUUGCCUCCCGUUCUGUAUACUUGCUCUCCCUUCCUGUACAGCUGUUUACAUGUACAAGAGUUUAUUUUAGCACUGUCUGCUCAUUGUGACCGACUGUAGCUUUCAAUUUGCUGCUGCAAAAGCUUCUGAGAUACCAUCGUGACUCCAGUUUGAAUAAAGCUUUCAUGAUUGGGCUCCACCAUUCUUGUAAAAACGAAUAUAUCGUGA